AUGGAUCCUUUGCAAAUGGCCCACUCGGGCCCUCGGAAGAAGAGGCCCAGGCAGAUGGGGGCCUCAAUGGUCUCUCCUCCGCAUGACAUCAAGUUUCGGGAUUUGGUUCUCUAUAUUUUGGAGAAGAAAAUGGGGACCACCCGCAGAGCCUUCCUCAUGGACCUGGCGCGAAGGAAAGGAUUCAGGGUUGAAAAUGAGCUCAGUGAUUCCGUCACGCACAUUGUAGCAGAAAACAACUCUGGCUCAGAUGUCCUAGAGUGGCUGCAGGUACAGAAUGUAAAAGCCAGCUCACAGCUAGAGCUCCUGGACAUCUCCUGGCUGAUAGAAUCCAUGGGAGCAGGAAAACCAGUAGAGGUGACAGGAAAACACCAGCUUGUAAGUGUGAGAAGAGAUUAUUCAGCUAGCCCAAACCCAGAGCUCCAGAAGACUCCGCCACUUGUUGUAAAAAAGAUCCCUCUGUAUGCAUGUCAGAGAAGAACCACUUUAAACAACUUUAACCACAUAUUCACGGACGCCUUCGAGGUGCUGGCUGAAAACUAUGAGUUUAAAGAAAAUGAAAUCUCCUCUGCGACAUUUAUGAGAGCAGCUUCUGUGCUUAAAUCUCUGCCAUUCACAAUCAUCAGUAUGAAGGACACAGAAGGAAUUCCCUGCCUGGGGGACAAAGUGAAGUGUGUCAUAGAGGAAAUUAUUGAAGAUGGAGAAAGUUCUGAAGUUAAAGCUGUGUUAAAUGAUGAACGAUAUCAGUCCUUCAAACUCUUCACUUCUGUGUUUGGAGUGGGAUUGAAGACAUCUGAGAAAUGGUUCAGGAUGGGUUUCCGAACUCUGAGUAAAAUAAAGUCAGACAAAACCCUGAAGUUCACACAAAUGCAGAAAGCAGGAUUCCUCUAUUAUGAAGACCUCGUCAGCUGUGUGACCAGGGCAGAAGCAGAGGCAGUCGGUGUGCUGGUUAAAGAGGCCGUCUGGGCGUUUCUGCCUGAUGCCUUCGUCACCAUGACAGGAGGAUUCCGGAGGGGUAAGAAGAUUGGGCACGAUGUUGAUUUUUUAAUUACCAUCCCCGGAUCAACAGACGAAGAAGAGGAACAACUUUUACCUAAAGUGAUAAACUUAUGGCAAAGGAAGGAAUUACUUUUAUACUACGACCUUGUGGAGUCGACAUUUGAAAAGCUAAAGUUGCCUAGCAGGAAGGUGGAUGCUUUAGAUCAUUUUCAAAAAUGCUUUCUGAUUUUAAAAUUGCACCAUCAGAGAGUGGACAGUGGCAAGUGUAGCCAGCAGGAAGGGAAGACCUGGAAGGCCAUCCGUGUGGACCUGGUCAUGUGCCCCUACGAGCGCCGUGCCUUUGCCCUGCUGGGCUGGACUGGCUCGCGGCAGUUUGAGAGAGACCUCCGGCGGUAUGCCACGCAUGAGCGGAAGAUGAUCCUGGAUAACCAUGCUUUAUACGACAAGACCAAGAAAAUAUUUCUCAAAGCAGAAAGUGAAGAAGAAAUUUUUGCACAUCUGGGAUUGGAUUACAUUGAACCAUGGGAAAGAAAUGCCUAA